UUGAGGACGAAAACACUACAGAAUCAUGGCAUGUCAAUCAGAUUACACAUGCAAAAUUGGACCAUCUAUAUUGAACUCUGACCUGUCAAUUCUUGCCAGCGAGUGUCAGAGAAUGCUCGACAGUGGUGCUGACUUUUUACACUUGGACGUUAUGGAUGGUCACUUUGUUCCUAAUCUUACAUUUGGUCACCCUGUAGUGAAGUGCCUACGCAAGAAGAUAACAUCUGCAUUUUUCGAUAUGCACAUGAUGGUGGCUAAUCCAGAGCGUUGGAUCCAAAAUAUGGCAGAUGCAGGUGCCAAUCAGUACACAUUUCAUAUCGAAGCCACAGAGGAUCCAGGGCAGUGCAUACGUAAAGUACGAGAAGCUGGAAUGAAGGUAGGAAUUGGCAUCAAGCCAGGUACGUCAGUUGAUGUGGUAAUGCCGUACGUGGAGGAUGUUGACAUGGUGUUGGUGAUGACGGUAGAACCUGGCUUUGGAGGGCAGAAGUUCAUGGAAGAUAUGAUGCCAAAGGUUAAAGCACUACGGGCCAAAUUCAGGUCGCUAGAUAUAGAAGUUGAUGGUGGACUUAGUCCAACUACUAUUGACAAAGCUGCUGAGGCUGGUGCAAAUAUGAUAGUUUCUGGAAGUGCUGUUGUCGGCAGCGACGACCCUCGGCUUGUUAUCAACAAGAUGAGGAACUGCGUUCAAGAUGUAAUCCAACGAUCACAGGUCGAGAGAUAAUAAUGUGAAGAAUACUUGACUUCACAAUAUUCAUUAUUGAAAAAUGUAGCAGGAUCUGGUGAGUGUACAGUAUUACCGUAGAUUGCUGAUCAGUCAUGUGACCCAUUGUAGAAUACGAGAAUAAUAAAUGAUGUAGUGAAUGGUAUAAAUAUAUCUUGACAAAAGAUCAUGACAGUGGUUGUUAAAUAUGCAAGAAGCCUCAAAUCAUUAACUUAACUAAUAGUGUUGAUGAAUUGUUGGAUUCUGAUUAAACUAUAUUGAAUACUAAAAAUUGUGUUAGAAAGCUUUCUCUCAAAGUGGCAUUCACACAACUAAGGCCCUAUUUAUGGUAAAAGGUGUAAUUCCACAAAAUUUCAAUUCCUGUUAACACACACACACAGUUAACACAUAGGCCUAUGUAGAAAUUUUUACUGCUGGAUUGUUUCAUAUUUGUUAGAUAUUUUUUAUGCGAAUUAUGCUGGCCCAUUAGCUUUAUCCGUUGCCUCUGGGUGGGCAAGACGCUUAACUUUCAAUUCCAGGGUGCUGGGUUUAUUUGUUGUGACAAUAUUAUUGUUCCUCAUGACUAAAUCUGAAAACAAACUGCACUCCCUAAAGCUGCAAUAAGUGACUGAACAGGAUAAUUACUACAGUAUUAAGAUUUUAAGUGUAAAUAGGAUGCUUCUCUCAGAGCAAGGACGGCUCUUAAAUGUUCAUUGUUCUGUAUAUUCCACACGUACAGUACAAUCUAAAGUGUCAGAAGGCAUUUUUGGCAAAAAUUUUUGAGAAUGAGCUGUAUCACAGUCAAUUACAGGGGAAGUUUACCCCUCCUAGGUUUGCUGCUGCCAUCUUUUAUUUUUUAACAAAAAUAGUACAAAAUAUAGUAGCAUACAUAUAUUGCCAACAGAUGCAAUGAUUAUGUUUAAAUAACAUAGAACAAACGUUGCUCCGAAUAAAGAAAGGCCAUGAUACAUAUAUUAAAUUUACAAUAUUUCUUUAGAGCAUACUCAACACACAUAAUUGUAUUAGGCCUACUAUCUGGGCCUAUAUGAAAUCUGUGCCCCCUUGUUUCAAACAAUUUUGGAUCUGCCCCUGCAAAAGGCAUAGAAGGAUGUAUGUUGGAUCAACACAAAAUUUGUGAUGUAAACAUCAUUAUGGAGUUUUAAAUUUCUUUGCUUUCACUCAGCAAAACCAACAUAUAUGUAGUAUGAAUGUAUGAACAAAACUAACAAGGUCAUAUGCAUAAAGAAAUAUGGAAUACAGUACAACAGUGGUUCGCAAACUGUCUAUUUUCAAAUAAAUAUGAGGGUUGGAGAUUAUUUUUAUUUUAAUUUUUUAUCAUGCCAAAAUGUGCUGUAGCAAAUACAAAACAUUCUAAGUAUUAAUUAAACAUUUUACUUCAGUUGUGUUCACCAUUUUUUAAUGACCAAUUUCCCACCAUGGUUGGGGCUGAGGUGCGAAAAUUUUGAAAAUAUAGACCUCUAGGUGCCCAGAAAUUGCACUCUUGUAUCUUAAAAAUCUUACUGAUAAUUCAUAUCAACAAUACAACAAAUAUUUUUCUUAAUACAAUUUAAGGAAGUGUGCAGUCCAUAGGCUUAGCCAGCGAGCCGUCGGGCUAUCUUUUGGACGGCCUAAAAUUAUUUAGGACAGCCACUUUUAAGGAGAUGGCUUGGCCUAAUCAGCUCAGCCUAGCCUAAUUGGGCCUGGUCUACCUUUAGCAAAUUCUUUAUAUUCUUCAAAUCUAUCGAAUGUUACAUUAAACUAAAGCUAAAUCGUAAUUACGUUUGCUAAAAACAACAUUUGUUGUUUUCGUACCCAAUAUUCGGUAGGGAUUCUCAUGGGUUAGCCACAAGUGGGCGUGGCCCACCCAUCGGCUCAGUGCCACGCCCACUGGCUUCCAUUUUGGACAGCCUAUAUCGUUUUUCUGGCUAAACCCCUCCCCACUUGCAUCCACCCCAGUAUUUUGAGUACCUUUUUUUUUAACAUCCCGAAUAUGGAUCUGUGAAUUGCAUGGACGUUUGUUUGGGUCAUAAGCCAAAAAGUUUGAGAACCAGUGAAAUAGUAUUCAGUACUACAUUUAAAAUACUCAAUUAUAGAAACCACCAUUUGAUAUGUAAAAUAUUCAUGUUUAUUCAAAGCAAAAUAAUUACAUAUGAAAAUGAUAAAACUGUUAAAUUUACAAACAGCACUUGACUACAUGUUAUUACAAUGAUGCUUCAUUAUAUUCCAACAACAGCUAUCAAUCAAUCUUAAUUUUUAUGUGUUACAAAAUAUACAGUAUUUAAUAAUCUUCACAGAUUCUACCUUUGCCUUGACUCAACUGGUUUUUGUCCUUAGAUCUGUGCAAAUAUUACUCAUAUAUUUUGACAUGUUCAGGUUUACUGUAGUAUGAAUAUAAGAAUAAAUAUUUUCAUACCAAA